UCCAGCAGAGAGAGAUAGUAUAAGGAGGGAAACACAGAUCCUGAGAAAAUCCAGAGGAGUUGGUGUGUGUGUGUGUGUGUGUGUGUGUGUGUGUGUGAAUCUAACAUGAUCCUGAUGGACAGAAGAUGAUGAUGACGAUGAAGACGAUGAAGAUGAUGACGAUGGUCUGCACUGAUGGCCGGUGUUGAGUGUGUGUGUGUUGAGAGUGUGUGUGUGAGGUCAGCAUGGCUCCUCGGCCCUCCUCAGGAGAGUUAUGGGGUCUUCACCUGAUGCCUCCUCGUAUUCUGGUGGACUGUUGUCUUCCCAACGGGAUCCUGGUGAGUCUGGAGUGUCUGAGAGAAGCUCCACUGACCAGCGUAAAGCAACAGCUCUUCAGCGAGGCCAGGAAAUACCCACUCUACCACCUACUGCAGGUAUACACACACACACUCACACACACACAGAGACACACACACAGACACACGGCUCUCAGCUCCUCUGUGAUUGGCCCACAGGAGGAGUCCUGCUACAUCUUUGUGGGCGUGACCCAGGAGGCGGAGAGGGAGGAGUUCUAUGAUGAAACCCGACGUCUGUGUGACCUUCGCCUCUUCCACCCGAUCCUGAAGGUCAUCGAGCCACUGGGAAACCGAGAGGAGAAGAUCCUUAACCGAGAGAUCGGGUUCGCCAUCGGGAUGCCCAUCUGUGAGUUCGAGCUGCUGAAGGACGCGGAGGUGCAGGAGUUCCGGCGGAACAUCUUGAGUGUGUGUAGGGAGGCAGUGGAGGAGCGUGAAGGAGGAGGCGCACACACACAGGCACUUUACGUCUAUCCUCCAAACCUUGAGUCCUCGGCCGACCUGCCACAGCACAUCUGCAGCAAACUGGACAAAGGCCGUCUCAUCGUGACCAUCUGGGUGAUCGUGUCUCCGUCAAACUCGAAGCAGAAGUACACGCUGAAGAUCGCACACGACUCUCUGCCGGAGCAGCUGAUCGCGGAGGCCAUCCGGAAGAAGACGCGUAGCAUGCAUUUGUCCGCGCAGCAGCUGCGUCUGUGUGUGCAGGAGUACCAGGGCCAGUACAUCCUCAAAGUGUGCGGCUGCGAUGAGUACUUCCUGGAGAAAUACCCGCUUAGCCAGUACAAGUACAUCCGCAGCUGCAUCACUCUGGCCCGUCUGCCACACCUGAUGCUGGUCAGUAAGGACAGUCUGUACAGUCAGCUUCCCUCCAGCGGGUUCCUGGCCCCAUCCUACAGCCGGCGCACACCUCAGCCCAGCCCCUGCCCCGCUGGAGGAGACCCCGGGGCCCCGCGCUCGCUCUGGGCCUUCAGCACACACCUCAGGGUCCGGCUGCUGUGCGCCACAUACGUCAACGUCAACAUCAGAGACAUCGACAAGAUCUAUGUGAGAACAGGAAUAUAUCAUGGAGGAGAACCGCUGUGUGACAACGUCAAUACACAGAGAGUACCCUGCUCCAACCCAAGGUGGAACGAGUGGUUGUCGUAUGACAUCUUCCUGACAGACGUUCCUCGUUCUGCUCGCCUCUGUCUGUCCAUCUGCUCCGUAAAGGGCCGUAAGGGGGCCAAAGAGGAACACUGUCCGCUGGCCUGGGGAAACAUCAAUCUCUUCGACUAUAAAGACAUGCUGGUCGGUGGUAAAGUGGCUCUGGGUCUGUGGCCGGUUCCUCACGGACUGGAGGAUCUGCUCAACCCGAUUGGAGUGUCAGGAUCGAACUCAAACAAGGAAACGCCGUGUGUGGAGCUGGAGUUUCCUUGGUUUAACCAGACGGUGGUGUUUCCUGAUGAGCAGCAGAUCGAGGAACACGCCAACUGGAGCAUCUCUCGUGAGCUGGGCUACAGCUACUGUCUGGGGCUGAGCAGUCGUCUGGCGUGUGACAGCACUAUAUCGCAGGCAGAUGCGGAGCAGCUGCGAACACUGUGCAGUCGAGACCCGCUGUAUGAGCUUUCAGAACAAGAGAAGGACUUCCUGUGGAGACAUCGCCAUUACUGUGUGAAUAUUCCGGAAAGUCUUCCCAAACUCCUGCUGUCCGUCAAGUGGAACUCGCGGGACGAGGUGUCGCAGAUCUACUGUUUACUGAAGGACUGGCCGCUCAUGCAGCCCGAAUCUGCGCUGGAGCUGCUGGACUGCAACUUCCCUGAUCCGAUGGUGCGAGAGUUCGCCUUACGCUGCCUCAUCCAGGGCCUCACCGACGACAAGCUGAGUCAGUACCUGCUGCAGCUCGUGCAGGUACUGAAAUAUGAGAUGUAUCUGGAUAAUCCAUUAGCGCGGUUCCUAAUAAAGAAAGCAUUGACCAAUCAGAGGAUUGGACAUUUCUUCUUCUGGCAUCUGAAGUCCGAGAUGCACAAUAAGACGGUGUCGCGGCGCUUCGGGCUGCUGCUGGAGGCCUUCUGUCGAGCGUGUGGCAUGUACCUGAAACACCUGAACAGACAGGUGGAGGCCAUGGACAAACUGGUGAACCUCACGGACACACUCAAGCAGGAGAAGAAGGACGAGACGCAGAAGACUCA